AUGACCGAUCCGGACUCUCUGGACUGGAUAUGGGAGGACGUUCGCGAUUCGUCCGAACCGCGCGGGACCGCGGCCGCGGCCGGAGAAUCCGACGGCGACGUCGGCGAUUCCGAGUCUCGCGACCGUUGCGCCGGCGACGGCGACGGCGGUUCGGACACCGGUUCCGGUUCGAGCGUCGGCUGUUCGCUGCUGACCGGAGACGAAAACCCGGUACGAAAAUUAUUGGACGGCGUCGAGAAACGGAGCGGCGGUGACGGCGGCGGAAACGACCGAACGGAAAAGCGCGGACCGACAAUUAUUCACGUCGACGGCCCCGGACACGAGCCCGGGGACUGCGAAUCCGAUAUUAUCGACACGGUUUACGCCGGCGCUUUGGCUGUGGCCGAAAGCGAAUUAUCGGAAGUCCGGCGUCUAUGGACAGACGCGUUGUACGCGUGUACAGUUAACGGGUAAUUUAUCGGCCGUUACGGUUUUUGUCCGUUUUAAAUACGAAACCCCGUGGGUUUUUUUUUUUUUUUUUAAUUGAACAAUGUUUUACGCGCCUAUAGGAAAAACGUACCGGAAUCGUAUACGAAAACGACGAGUAUCGAGAAACUAGUGCUUUUGUACGCCGACAAAUUCGCCGAACGAUUUACGGCCAAGUAUCCGGACAGACGGCUAGUUUUGCUGCACGAAAACGAAUGCGGCGUUCAGGUUUGAACGGUUUGACAAUAGCAUUGUAGCGAUAAACUAAUGGAAUAGGUAUGCAUUUCACGCGAGCAUGCACCGUGUACUUAGACAACCGCGAUGUUCGCAGUACAGUUGUCCAGAUGGCGUUUUAUUAAGUGCCGUAUGCUUGGGUGACGAAACCCCGUCUCCGUAUUUAGUCACCUAUUGGGCGUUUCUGCAUAGCCGUCUGUUUUGCUUUACCCGUUAAAAACUUUAUCGUGCGUGUUCUAAACAGUCGGCGGUAAUUAAGAUAAACGUCGCCCCUUUUCGAUUUAUAUUAAUUCGUCCCGCGCAGUUGUGUUCAAACCAAUCGAAUAAUGGUCCGGCGAUUCGUCUGGUAAGUAUUUGGCCGAGGGUUUAACGGCCGAAUCCAGAUCGUUUAUAUGGACUAAACGCGGAGAUGGGGGUUCAUCGAUCACCCGGGCGAACGGCACUUUAUAAAUAGUUUUCGAAAAAUUCGAGCCGGUCGUGAUUUGUAUUACUAACAAUUAGAAGCGGAAAAAAGCCCUUCUAAAAAAUCAAUAAAAAAAAAAUCUAUCGAUUUAGACGAAAGAAUACUCAACACGGUAGAAGAUUCGAGAGGAACAGCACAAAAUAUUUUAUUCAAAUAGCUCGUAAUUAUGUAUGUUUUUUUUGUUUUUAUUUUAUUUUCACGUAUGCGCUAAUUUAAAUUAAACAUUUAUACGGUUUUUUUUUUUUUUUUAUUUCACAGCGGUUAUUCGGAUAUUCAGAGUUUGUGUUUAAUAUUUAAUACGCCAUGAUAUAAUAAUAUACACAAUUAUUAUCACAUGUCGUUAUUUUUAUUGUUUAUCGCAUUAUUAUUAUUGUCAACGUUUUUUUUUUUUUUUGGGCGUCCGAACGCCGCCGUCUAAAUGUCCCUAGCGUCCAUGUGGCGGCGUCCAUUCGUCCCAGACCCCAGUCGCGCACUGAGAUUUGCAAGUAUGGGAUUGGUGUACACGAGACGGUUAUUUCAUCUCAAUUUUGAAUUUAAAUUAUUUUCAAGGGUAAACUAUAGGAAACGAUAGUGUUACCUACAGUUUUCCCGGGAAUAAGUAUUUAUCAGCCGUCGCGAGCGUUGCUCGCCGUGUCCGAUUCCGUCAUCAAAGUCCCUUAAUUUUUAAAAACGCGUAUCCGAGGGUAACGCAAUACUAUAAUGCGUAUGUUGUUUUGUAAAUUUUAUUCUCGAAACGUUACAAUGUCGGGUUUUUUUUCCCUUAGAAAUGCGUUUGCACUACAAUCAAACCGUCUCGAUUGGUCUACCACGAUUUGAACGAUUUGAAAAGUUACAGCGAGUUCGUUGCCAAACACAUAACGUACGUCAGGCUACAAGAACCUAUGGCCGUGGUAUGGUAUUAAUAAUUUUAUCAAAUCACAGAUACUGAAUAUAAUCAAAAUUGUUUUCUUAUGAUAUUGGAAAUUCAACGAGCGCGAUAGUCGUGCGAUCUAUCAUCGCCACGUUGUAUACAUAUUAUGCACGAAAUUAAUAACCCGAUUACGGUACUUCUCUAAAUUCGCGUUUUAUUUCGCCGGACAAACAUUAACUAUACGUAAUACAGUAUUAAUAACACGGUUUUACGUGUGUAAACUGUUAAGCGCGUUUUGCCGAAACGAUCGGAUUAUAUGUAUAUUAACGCGUAAACACGAAAACUCGAAAAUUAACAAUGUACACCCAUUCCGUAUGCAAACUUGAACGAAUAACAAUAUUAAAAACGGGCACCUGUGAUUUUCCAGCCGAAAAAACUUGUGUCUCCUACGACGACGUUGAAAAUAAAAAUCGCUAAUUGUUUCGAAUUAGCAACACUGUUAGUAUCUUUUUUGAUCGGUUGCGAGUACAACGCUUUUGUUGUACAAGGUUACGCCGCGGAAACCGUGUGCAACAACGAUCUGAGAAAAAUCAAGUUGGACCUUCCAAAAGACAACGUGCGUAAUUUUUUUUUUUUUUUUUCGAUUUCUACUCGGAACGGUUUAAAUUGCGUUUUUUUCGUUCUAUUGAAUUUUAUAUGACAUUGUUAUUAGCUGGACAACGAACACUGUGAAUCCAACCAUUCAGAAACCUCGGAAAAUUCCGAGUCGAAACCUACGUUCGAUCUGUGUAGUGAAUAUGUAAAGUUUUUAAUUGACGGCGAGAAAAAAAAAACUGUCGUCCGAAACGAAGUGAAAGAGGUAAGAAAAUACCGUGAAAUUGUGUGUUUAUAUUUUGAUUGAUGGGACGUUUCAGAACGAUUUGGACGGUUCUUCGGAUCCGCUGUACGGAAAGCGAGUUCACUGUUGGGUUCUAAUAAUGACUAUGCCUACGGGAAUUAAAGACGAAAAUUCGACCGAUGGUUCGUGUUAUUUCAUCGAACCCAGUACAGGCGAACGGCAACAUAUUUCUAACAAAAACUACGUCGGAAUAGAAUCGAUUUGGAAUCAUAAAAAUUAUUGGGUUAAUUUACAGCCCUCGGACGGAGGUUGCGCGGUUUGUAUAAUAAUAUUAUAAUCAAGGGGCCUGCGCGUGACGUUUUGUUUGCUUGAAAACAUACCAGAAGCGUCUCCAGACCUUGAAUAUGGGGAGGGGGGUGAAAUAAUUAAAUUUUAUGUUAAUGAUUGAUAAAAAAAAAAAAGACGGACAUAAUUCGCACGAUGGGCGAACCACUGUUGUAGAUGAGAAGUUGGGAAGGUAGGAUAAAGAAGGAAAUUUAAUGUUUAUCCGUAAUCAAAAAUUAAUAAUUGCUAACGAAGACCGAUUCUGAGUAAUGUCGGUUAAUAAUUUUGAUAUUUCAACAAUAUAUUAUAAUAUGUCAUAUUACAGUGAAAUAAAUAUUAUAUUGAAAUCAUUUGUAUGGACCAGUCACUAGAUUUGUUCCGCAUAGUUUUUUAUUAAAACAUUUUUCGUCAAAAUUUGAUAUUAAAACUCGUAUAAAAAAAAUAGACUAUAUUAAACUUAAUCUUUUUUGUUUUCACCGCAAAGUGGGACUUAUAAUUAACCUCCUGUUCAAUUUUCAACCUUUCUGUUUUGUCUAAAAACUUUAUCCGCAGAGUAUUUACCAAAUAAAAAUUACUCGUACAAUUUAAGAGUCUAUAAAUAGCUUCUUAAAUAUGGCUCAAAUGUUAUUACAGUUUUAUCAUGUGAAAAUAGACAAAUACAAGUUUUCUGUCUAAAUUUCAAGUCUCUACGAAUAUUUUUAACUGAAUUACAACAAAUAACACAAUUGGAAAUGAUAAAAAGCAUUAUUUUAAUAAAUUUCCCGUUUUUCUUACGUUUUCUCGCGGGUUUUCCCAGAUAUUAUGAAAACCGCUUGGAAAAUCUAAAAACGACCUCCUGAAAUACCAUCUAAACAAUAUUUUCUUUUAGAAAUGGUGCCACACGUUCAUAUCUGGGCAAGAUUUCUGAUACAAAUUUUUGUCACUAUACUCAGAAUCUAAAAAAAUAUGUCAAAUAUCUAUUAUAUCUAUUUCUGGACCAUUGAGUAUGCCAAAUGCUAAUGUAAGUCCUCUUAUCUCAAGGGGAGGGCGGAGGUCACUCUUAUCGGUUCCCCCCUCAGGGACGCGUCUGAAACAUACCAUAAAAGAAGAAAUCGCAUGAUUCGUAGAGUAAACCGAUUUCGAUCAUUUUUUUUUAUUAUUGUCUGAAAGAGGAAGAAUUCUUACAUGGCGCGUUGGACUUCGAAAAUUAUGUUUCUAAACGCUAUACAUGUGUGUAGAGUCUGAAUAUGAUCAUAGUUUACCAGGUAUUGAUAAAAUAAUUUUCUUUUGUAGUUUAGUUAUGAGAGUUUUUCUUGUUUUGAGUAAACAAAUAAAUACUUUGUGCGCAGCCCUCUAUGUGUAUAAAUUAAAUUUGAUUGAAUUAUUUGUUUAGAACUAUUAAACUCUGUUAAUUGUAAACAUUAAUUAUUUGUUAAACACGAGCGGGACUCUUAAUUAUCACGGUUUAUUUUAAACUUAUGUUUAAUACAACAUUUUAUAAAAUAUUGCAUAGUAGUACAAUUUCACUUUAACGAAUACAAAAUGUUGGGAAUGUUUUUUACCGGACGAACCUCAACGUUUACAAAAGGCCGCGACAUCGCAGGACUUAUUACGACAUAACGGGAAUGAAAUCAAUAGACCUAUUACAAUGCCUAACUCAUGGGUGAACGUCUUAGAAGUCCCAAGGAAUGGUACGGUAUUAACUUACAGUUUAGUUAUUUAAAAAUAUAUACAUAUAGGUGUAUUAUUUUUUAAACGAAACGCGUAUGUUUUAGAAUAUCUUAUGCUGUAUCCGACUGGUAAAAAAAUCGUGCCGUUUAUGAACGCGGUCAAAGAGUAUUACGCUGAUUACGCGAUGCCCGACGGGUUGAUCGAAAAAACCACGUUUUACGCUGAACCGGACUUCGACAAUAAAACGUUUGUCAAGGAAGUAUACAAACACAGAAUAGAUAAGUUAAUCGGUGUAGAGAUAAAAUACGGCGCCGAAAAAUUCGAAACUACAGAAUAUUUUAACAGCGGCCGGAAAGAUUGUUUAAAAGGUACACAUAUAUCUGGGUAACACCGUUUAAAAUUUAAAUCCGACGGUUUAUAGUUUUUUGUAUUUGUUAAUAGUGCACAAGUUCCGCGGCGAUGGAAAUAGUUUAGAGACCGAACGCUCGAUUACGUUUUACAAUUUGAGACUAGAUUCAAUGACCGAGUUAAAUAUCGAUUCAAACAGUUUCACAACUCUGUUUAAAGACAGGUUACUAGUUGUUAUAAUGAUUCAUUUUAAAUUCUGAGCGGAACUAGAAAUUUAUUGGUUUUGCAAUGAUAUUUUUUUUUUUUCUUUUAUCUAUGAACAAAUUUUCUACCAGAAAUUUUUAUCCGAUUUUCAAGUGUAGCACUUUUCUGAAAGAAUAUCUAACCGGGAGUGGUAUUUUAAGAAGGUAAUUUUUUGAUUUUCUUAGGAUUUUUCAUAAUGAAUGGGAUAAAACAUAGGAAAAACGUGAAAAUGUAUGAAACGUAUUAUUUUCUAAUCGUUAAGGCCUUUAAAAACUCGUAUAACCGAACUCCGCUCAGAAUCUAUUUUUAUUUUUAGUAAUAUUUAGUCGUUGCGCAUAUGUAUAAAUUAAAUUUUCCCUCUAUCUCCCAACUUUUCACCUACAACAGUGGCCCGUUCAUCGUAUAAAGUAUGUCCGUUGGUUUUUUUUUAUUACUUGUAACACGAAUACCGGAUCUGAAGGAUUUACGGAGUGGGUCUAGGAGGGCUGGAUUUCCUCCUCGGAUACCGAUAUAAUUCCAAAAAAAAAAAUGUCCUCUAAAGACAGGCAUCUAUUUAAAAUAAUAUCAUUGAAAUACAUAUAAUUUGGCUGGACCUCAGUGAAAUGUUAAAAAUCACGUGAAUACAAUAUUAUUAUACACAAUAUAAUAUUUUUUGGUGAGACAUAUUUUUAUUAGGUGUUAAUUAAAAUUACAAUAAAUAAGUUUAAAUAAAAUGUAGAUAAUUAUUAUGCAAACGUGUUGAUAAACAAAUUAAAUAACGAUAUUAGGCGUCCUCCUAAUUACUUAAUUCGUUAAAAUAUUCCUUUAAAACACAUCUAAAAUGUAUACUUCCUAGUAAAAAUUAGUUUUAUAUUGAUUCUAUUCAAAAUUGUAUUGGUUUUUUCGUCAUUAUUUUAGAUCUGAUUUAUUAUUCUGGCGCACGUGUACGUUCCAUAAAACAGAAGAGAGUCGACAUUUAAUUAUUAAAAGAAAACCCAAAGUAAGUAAACUAUUAAUAUUGGUACACGUACAAGUAAAUAUUUUAGAGAUUUCUUUAUUCUUUUUUCGUUGAUUAUAUCGUUUAUUGAGAGAAUACGCUUAGGUCGUCAACUCACCAUUUCGGAUUUUUCACACCUUGCGUGUGUUUUAACAUAACUAUAAUUUAUACUAACAAUUUUUUUUCCUCUUCUAACAGUUUUAACAUAACGUGAUAUACAGUGUUUGGAUUAGAUAGACAUGCUUUUACAGUAUUCUAAAUAUUUUAAAAAUACCUUUUUUCGGAAGUAUUCAACACUGCAGUGUUAUAAAUAGUUUUAAAAAGUAUUGUAUUCUUAGAAAAAAAAAAAAAAAAUGUUUGUCACUUUCAUUUUAGAGUUUUAAAUGUUUUAUUAUAAGAUGCAUGAUAUGCUUUAUUAUUUUGUAGGAAAAUAUUUGUUUGGUUGAUAAAAAUGAUCCAAUUUCUCCACACAUUUCCUUUAUUAUAGAUGACGCAUUUCUAUUUGGCGGUACUUAAUAAAAAUAUAUUUUUAAAAAUUGUCCAUGAUUUACCCCUUUCGGCCUUCAGCCUUUAUGUUUGUUUUUUCUCGGAAAGCAUUUAUUUUCAGUUAAUUUCCAUCCACAACAGUGGCACAUCCGUAUGUCCGUAUACCUAUAAAAAUCGUAUUCCUAAAAUAUUCCUUAUAUUUUAAAGUAUUCAGAAUAUUUUAAAAAUACUAUUGUUUUAAAGUAUUCAAAUUCAUAUUAGCAAAACUAUUUUUUGUAUGUAUUUGAAUAUUUAUUCUGAAAUACUUUCAAAAAAGUAUUUUACCCAAGUCUGAGAAUAGAUAACUAAAAAACUAUUUAAGUAAAGAUAAGUGAUACCUAUAUCAUGAAAAUUCAUCUGGAUAAAGAUUAAAAAUAAAUUUAUUCUUUAUGUGAAAACACAGAGCUAAGGUUAACUGGGUAAAUUUACCUAGGCAUUUUCUAAAUGCAAUCAAGAAAAAUUAACUAUAAAUUAAAAGUUAGUUUAAUUUUCUUUUAUGUCAAUUCGUUAAGUUUAAAAGUUAAAAAUAUAUAGGUAACUUUAAUUUAACCUAUACUUAUAUAUUUAUUUUUGUUUAAACUUGUCCUUGUUAGGUAGUACCUAUGUGAAUUUAACUUGAUUACGGUACAGAACCAUUGAAAAUAAUAAGUAAUAUAAUUGAUUUAAGUUACUAAUGAAUACCUUUUAGAAUCAUUUAUUUUAUUUACUCUAAUAAAAUUGUAUUAAGUUUUAUUAAUUUAUAAUUAUAAAUAAAAUAUAAUUAUAACUAUAAAACACAUUUUCAAUACUUAAGAUUAUUUUUAAUAACUCUCAUAAUUUAUCUAAAUCAUAAUUUGAACUAUUAACUAUUCUUUUAUAGAUUUAUAUAAAGUUAUUAUUCUGUGUUUUAUUCACAUUUUAUUUAAUUUUUAUAUUCUUAGGAGAACGAGAAAUGUAUUGAUUUUAUAAUGAUAUUUUUUUUUAUUUUUUAUUUUUUUUUUUUAUGUGAACACUUUUUCUACUAGAAAGUAUACUCCGAUUAUAAAGUAAAGCAUAUUUUCUGAAAGGAAAUGUUCUCUGGGUGGUGCUUUAAGAGGUCAUUUUUUUUUAAUUCUUAUUAAUAUUCGAGAUAAUGAGAAAAACUUGCCUUUUUAGGUUAGAAAAGAUUGAAAGAUUAAAAAUAAAGUUGCCAUUGGCAACCGUUUUUAUUUAUUUUUUGUUAUUGUUAAGUUUUUAUUAUUUUAAAUCUUUUUUAAACAAUCAUUGUUGUCAUUGAAACGCACAUUGUUGCAAUAAUUUUACAAAAUAAUAAUAAUAAUAAUAAUAAUAAUAAUAAUAAAAAUAACAAUAAUAUGACAUACAAAAUAAAUAAAUAAAUAAAUUUACGAGUAUAUUGUUGACAAGCAAUUAGGUAAAUGUGUAUAAAAUAAUUUAACGAAAUUGUUUGUAUAUCGUGCUUAUAUUUUAUUGUUUGGCAGAAUAUAGUUGAAAAAUAUUUAAGGGACGAAUCCAAACACAAAGAUCGAGAUAUCGCCACUAGACAAUUUGAUUUCGUGGCCAAUGAAAUUUAUGUUCAAUACCAAUAUGGCGAAGGGCAGAUUACACAAUCUAGCAGACUGUUUAUCAAGCCUUCCGAUUCUACAAGUGCUGACAAGUUUGAUCCUAAAUCAGUCAUUGAAAAUAUUGUCUAUCCGUACGAAGGACAUUUAAAACCUUAUGAAGCGUAUCUCCUAUUACAAGACAUGAUCAAAGCCGAAAACGAAGCACUCCAUGAUAUUUCGAAAUUAGAAGACAGUGUAAUAAAAAUACUGGAAAUUCGUAGUCACGAACGAUCUGAGUUUAAGUUGAAAAUCGAUUCGUUGGACUGGGACAGAAAUCAUAGGAUAAGGAAACUACUCCAAAAUGAAGUAAUUUGUAUAUUUAUAACGUUAUUGUAUACUCUCUGCAAUUUAGAACUUUUAAAACAAUAUUGUUUUCAGAAAGAUAAAAAGCUCAGUCUCGCUAAACAAGAUAAUGUCAAACAAACAGAAUACGCUUUGACUUAUUUCGAUACUGUUAAAAAACAAUCAUUCACAUAUGACACGGCUUUAAAUGUGCGCGAUAAAAUCUUAAACGAUUUUAGACGAAAUACCAAGAAUAAGUUUAUGCGAACUAAACAAUUAUUUAUGGAGGUAUUGGCUGAAUUCAUUUUUAAAAUUAGAUAUAAUGAUGCCUUUUAGUUUUAUGUAUCACUUUUAUUUUCUUCUAUAGAAAAAAUUCCAAUUCGAGUCGGUGAUGGCGAAAGCGAUGGAAAUGAACAACGACGCCGACGAAUUUGAACUCAAAAAUAAAAUAUUGAUUUUGUGUUCGUUUUUGAAAUAUAAAUUAGAAGUAUUGAUGUUGAAAAUGCAACGAUACAGCGAAACUCACGUUCAGAGAUACGACAACUUGGCCUCGUACUUAAAUAGUAGUCCCGAUUUCGAAAUGUUACCGCCUCUAAAACUGAUUAAUUCGAAAGAUUGAACAUGACUAACAAUUGUCCCGUG